UCAGACCACCCAGUGCGAGGCUGUGGUCCACCAGAGGAACAAGUGGCACUUGGUAUUAGUCAGGAUGUCAGGGAUGGAAUCCAAGACAGAAGUCUUCACAAUAACUGAGACGGGAGGAGAGCCGGCAGUUAAGAAAGGCAACGCCAACAAGAAGAGAUGUGUCUUUGAGCAGUAUGUGCAGCCCUGCCUGGCUGAGCUGUUUGGGACCAGCCUGUUUGUGUUUGUGGGGUGUGCGUCUGUCGUUGGGAACGUGGGAGCAGGUGGUGUCAUCCAGCCUGCUGUGGCUCAUGGACUGGCUCUGGGAGUGCUGAUCAUGAUGUUUGGGCCAAUUAGUGGGGGCCACUUUAACCCUGCGGUGUCUCUGAGCGUCUACCUGUGUGGAGGGAUGGGGCUUCCACUGCUGCUGCCUUACAUCCUGACUCAGAUGUGUGGGGGGAUGAUCGGUGCUGGUUUGACCAAGGCAAUCUACCCCGAUACUUUAUAUGCUUCUUCCCUUGGAGGAGCCUUUAACAUCGACGCCAAUGAUCUGGCUAGAACCACUCUGGCAGAGGCGGUGAUGUCCCUGUUCCUCACCACGGUGGUGUGCAUGGGGGCCGUCAACAACCAAACCCGCUCGCCGUGGGCUCCUUUCGGCAUCGGCCUCACUGUGACAGCAAAUAUAUUUGCAGGAGGGAUUGUGUCUGGAGCCUGUAUGAACCCGGCCCGAGCCUUCGGUCCUGCAGUGGCUGCCAACCACUGGAACCACCACUGGGUCUACUGGGUCGGACCCACUUGUGGAGCGCUGCUCACUGUCAGCUUCAUCAGGUUGUUGCUUGGUGACCAGAAGACUAGAGUUGUGUUAAAGUGAAUGUGUAAAUUAUUAAAGAGACAGAGAGAAAGGAUAUCCCGGCUGACGUGAUGACAGCAUUUCCAAUUUGGAUGUUCACAAUACUCAACAAUUAGUCUGUAAUAUAUACAUUUGUCAGCAUAAUGUGUGCAAAUAUAUGUGUCCUUGAACCAGCUGUUCUUAUAAUAAUUGUCUGCUCCUACUCAAUGACAUGUUUGUAUUUCAAGAUUCAAUAAAGUGUUUGAUGAUAUGAUAGGGAUCUGAUAGCUACUCCAAACUUGGACAUUACGUGCUUGAUGACUGCUGGGAAACAUCCCAAGUUGUUUGAUAAUAAAAUUCCAUGAAUACAA